AUAGCACUGCUUUUAAAUUCUGUGACAACUUUUAUGUAAUUAGAUUCAGAGACUGAAUUUCCAGCAAUAAGUUUUAGAUAAUAGUCACCUGACUCGUCGGGUUUAAAGAUUCUUACUUUCUUGAGCCAGUGGUCUAAAUAUUUCUGCAUCGUUUGAACUAUCCAUAGACUCUUUGGCCAUACCACAUCCUGUCGAGCUAAAGAGAGCUUCAACAUGGUUGCCACAGCGCAGUCACACAGCCUCAUGUAGAAGAGAGUUAAGACUCCGUGUAUAAGGUAACGAGUAAGUAGGACUUCUUCGGGCAGUCAGAGGUGAGUGAGCAGUCAUGGCAGACCUGGUGCAAGGCUUGCCAUAUUUCUAUGGUAACAUCACUAGAGAAGAAGCUGAGGACUACCUGAGGCAAGCAGGCAUGAGCAACGGCCUCUACCUGCUCCGUCAGAGCCGCAACUACCUGGGUGGCUUUGCACUGUCUGUGGCCUACAGCCAUCAGUGCUACCACUACACCAUCGAAAGGGAGAUGAACGACACAUACGCCAUAGCAGGUGGAAAAUCCCACCGCAGUCCAGUGGACGUGGUCGAGUACCAUGCGCAGGAGUCUGACGGCCUGGUUUGUCUGCUGAAAAAGCCCUGCAAUCGGCCCCGUGGCGUCGAACCCAAGGUGGGGGCUUUCGAGGAUCUGAAGGAGAAGCUCAUCAGGCAGUACGUGCAGCAGACAUGGAAACUGAAGGGUCACUCACUGGAGCAGGCUAUCAUCAGUCAGAGGCCUCAGUUGGAGAAGCUGAUUGCCACCACAGCACACGAGAAGAUGCCCUGGUUUCACGGGACCAUAUCCCGGGAAGACUCAGAGCCACGUUUACUCAAUAACCGUCCCACCAAUGGCAAGUUUCUAAUUCGUCAGCGAGAUAACAAUGGCUCCUACGCACUCUGUCUCCUCCACAAUGGCCAAGUCAUGCACUAUCGCAUUGACAGGGACAAAGCUGGCAAACUCUCCAUUCCUGAUGGGAAAAAGUUUGACACACUUUGGCAGCUGGUGGAGCAUUAUUCAUACAAACCUGAUGGCCUGCUCCGGGUGCUGACUGAUCCCUGUCCACGACCCGAAGGGCCACCUGAACUUCCUGGAAACCAUCCAGAUCUGGGUGGCACAAGUGGAAUUCUCUCCAGAUUCAGAUCCGCUUCCUUCCCCAAACCUGGUCUCAAAAAGACAGCGUUAAAGAGGUGUAAAGAAAAGAUCUUAGAUGUUUGCCCUAGUAAGCUUACGUCAUACAUUCGCAAAAGUCAUGAGACGGAUAAUCAUUACGCUCCGAGGGCAACAGUACCUACCACAGAGGAUUUACCCAUGAGCACUGAGGUGUAUGAGAGUCCAUAUGCUGACCCUGAUGAACUACGCUCAACCACAGUGGACCGAAAAAACUUGAUCCUGGAGGAUGGAGAGCUUGGCUCAGGCAAUUUUGGCACAGUUCUUAGGGGCACCUACCAGAUGAGGAAAAUACAAAAACAGGUAGCAGUAAAGAUCCUGAAAAAUGAUGAUAACAAUGCUGCAGUAAGAGAUGAAAUGCUUCGCGAGGCUGAAGUCAUGCAGCAGCUGGACAACCCCUACAUAGUGCGUAUGAUUGGCAUCUGUGACGCCGAGAACCUCAUGUUAGUCAUGGAGCUGGCUGAGCUCGGACCUCUGAACAAAUACCUGCAAAAGAACAGACUUGCAAUUAAAAACGUCACUGAGCUUGUGCAUCAGGUCUCUAUGGGGAUGAAGUACCUGGAGGAGCAUAACUUUGUUCACAGAGACCUGGCAGCCCGCAACGUGCUGCUAGUCACACAGCACUAUGCAAAAAUCAGCGACUUUGGCCUGUCCAAAGCCCUCACCAGUGAGCAUGAUUAUUACGAGUCUAAAGGUCAUGGGAAGUGGCCUGUGAAAUGGUAUGCACCUGAAUGUAUGAACUUCUUCAAGUUCUCCUGUAAGAGUGACGUGUGGAGCUUCGGGGUGCUGAUGUGGGAGGCUUAUUCAUAUGGACAGAAGCCAUACAAGGGGAUGAAGGGAAAUGAGGUCAUCCAGAUGAUUGAGAGCGGUGAGAGGAUGGCCGCUCCACUCAACUGCCCAUCUGAGAUGUACAACCUCAUGCUGAAAUGCUGGACAUACAAGGCGGAUGAGAGGCCAGGUUUUUUGGUAGUGGAGCCCAGGCUGAGAGACUACUACUAUGACAUUUCUCAGUGACCAGCUGGAAGAAAACUGAAUGACGAUUCUUUCCCCAGGAGCUGUUUGUACAUGGUUUUAAGGAUUGGCCACAGUGAUUUAUUUUACAUUAUUUACCUGCAUCCUUAUUCAAAUCUUCUUUUUCUUUUUCUUUUUUUUUUUUUGCAAGCCUAAGUUAUGAUCAACGAGAGACUGACUGUCUUGGUCAUUUUUCUACACGUCUACAGACCUGACCAUUGACAAUAAGCCGAGUAGCAAAUUCAAUUUUCACUUCACUGUUACUGCAUUUUUUUUAUCACAUUACUAUUUUCUAUAUUAUUCUAUUUUAUUUAAACAUUACCCUGUUUUACCAGUUUCAUUAGAAGCAUUUUAACAAAAAAUAACCUUUUUAGGAACAUUGGAAUGACCUUUCACUGUUAUUCUAUAUGAUAGUAAGUGUGCUUGGGCUCUGGUGCAACUUCUGAGCUCCCAAACAGGUGAAUGCACCGAGCCAACGCUUCACGAAGGAUUUUUGUUUUACUUGUUGUCCCCCAGCCCUAAAACCUUCAGAUGUCCUCCCACUCACCUUUUGUGGCACAACUGCUAAACUACUGUAAAGAUGAUGUGCAUAAGGUAUAAUAUAAGCAUGCUAAGACUUAGGAAUGUGAUGCCAUGACAGAGUGUCCACUAUUUUGCCAGAGUAUGUUAGUCAGAUAGCCGGCCCAGCCGAGUUAAUACAAACUGAGAGCUAUGAGAGUUCGAGUUGUUAUGGUAGGACGCUAUUGUUCUUUGAUAAAGAGGCAAUAUAUGUAAUGAAUAAAACACAACAGGAAUUCUUGUUAUAGUACAAUAAUCAGCGACAGUGUGAUGACGAUUGUUUUUCUUUAACAGCAUGUCUCCAAGUGCUUUUAUUCUAACAAUGCCAACAAUUACAUUUUCAUCUUUUAAAAAACAUCAUAUUUUGUAUGUGUUUAUCAUUACAUUUAAUGUUAUCCAUGAAACCAGUUGGUUCUGAGUGUUAUAAAGCGCUGAUGGAGAUUCAUUCCACUGCUAAAUAAAUCAAUAUUUUAAUUUUAAA